AUGGGAGACAUGGAGAAACUUCAGAAGAAGAGGGCAGUCGCCCGAGGGUGGGCAACUCGCAAAUCUAACACAUUAAAGGGCCUUCUCAACAAUCCAGAUGUCAGUGUCAUCGAUCUGCAAGCUGCCAUGGAUGACUUUGAUCAACGUCUUGCCAGUUUGGAGGAGGUACAAACAUUGUUAGAAUUAGAGACUGAUCUUGCGAACUUGGAUGAAGAGCUCGAUAACGCCUCUGAGUUUUUUCAAGAAGUCCGUAAGCCCAGGCUGCAAGCUGCACAGAGGUUGGGGGAUUUGAUGAAAGGUGAGAAGAGUGAAUCUAUUUCAUCCUCUAGUCCCAGUAAAAUAUCUAGUAGCAACAAGAUGACAAAUGUAAAGUUACCCAAAUUAGAGUUACCAAAGUUCAAAGGAGAUGUAACUCUGUGGCAGUCAUUUUGGGACCAGUUUAAGACUCAUGUGCAUGAUUCUGACAUUCCAGUGAUAGCUAAAUUUAGCUACCUGCAGUCAUUAUUGGAAGGAGAUGCAAAGGGUGUUGUAAAAGGACUUGCACAUACCGAAGCAAAUUACCAAAUUGCUUGUGAUAUGCUGAAAGAAAGAUUUGGAAGACCUGAGCGUAUUAAAUUUGCACAUGUACAAGCACUUUUGAAUUAUAAAUCUUCUGUGAAAGGCAAGGGACCAAAGUAUGUGUCCUCCUUGUGGAAUCUAAGUGAUGAAUUGCUGACACACAUCCGUAGCCUAGAAGCUUUGGGAGUAUCAGGGGAGCAGUGUGAAGUGUUCCUGACCCCCAUCAUCCUGGCAUGCCUUCCUGAGGAGCUAAGAAUGGAGUGGGCCAGAGAAGGCUCUGGCCAUGAAAGUGACCUCAGUUGGUUGCUGCAUUUUCUUCAGAGAGAAAUUGAGAGAAUUGAGAGAUCAGAAACCUUCAGUGUUGUGUUAGGGAAGGCAGAAGGACGGUUUGUGGAAUCUGAGAAAAGAAGAGUACCAUCUGCAUCAGCUCUGUACACAUCAUCUGAAGCAGGAUCAUAUUUUUGUGCAUUCUGCAGCAAGAAACACAAGUCUGAGAAGUGCUGGGAUAUUCAGAAGCUCUCAUUUAAGGAACGUGAAGAAAGGAUUAAAGCUUUAAGUGUUUAA